AUGUCGCCCAAUUCGUCUCGCCCGUCCAUCGUCGACGACAAUAUCAAGGAUGUUAUUUCGGAGCCCUUUUCCUACGACGAAGACGAUCGCGACUACUUCUCUCCGCAAAACACCACCGAGCACGACCUCAACGUCACCGAAGAUGAUCUGCUCGAGGCCCAGGAGCUCGCCUCCCGGUAUACCCUCCAAGAGGUCCGCGAUAUCAUGACCCGAGUCUAUCGCGUCCACGAAAAAGACCACAACUUUCCCUCCAUCAUCAUCCACAAGAUCAAGGCCUUUCUCGAAAAUGAGUCUGUCUUUUCCAACCCCGAGAAGCACCAGCACCUGAUUCAGGAGAUGAAGCUGGAAGCCGCCCUCGUCACCAGCAACAGCCCCUACGCCGAGGUUCGCGCAGUCGUCAGCAACAAGGACGAUCCCACAACGCCCUGCUCGACCAUCCGCAGCUGGGUCAUUGGCCUGGCUUUCAGCUGCCUGCUGGCCUUUAUUAAUCAAUUGUUCGAUAUUCGCCAGCCCGCCAUCCGCGUCAUGGCCAACGUUGCCCAGCUGCUGUCCUACCCUGUGGGUAAGGCCUGCGAGAACUGGCUGCCAGACGUCGGCUUCACUCUCUUUGGCACAUAUCACUCCCUCAACCCGGGCCCCUUUUCGAAAAAGGAGCACAUGCUCAUCACCAUCAUGGCAAACGUGGCUUACAACACGCCCUACACCAACAACAUCAUCUGGGUGCAAUAUUUGCCCCAGUACUUUAAUCAACCCUACGCAUCCCACGUUGCCUAUCAGCUUCUCAUUGCCCUGGCCACAAACUUCAUUGGCUACGGCAUGGCGGGAAUCUGUCGCCGCUUCCUGGUGUAUCCGUCGUACUGCGUGUGGCCGGCUUCUCUCGUUACCAUUGCCCUCAACAAGGCUUUUCACAACGAAUCUAAUGCUCCGGUCGAGGGCCCCUUUGGCAAGAAAUGGAAGAUAUCUCGCAUCAAGUUUUUCUACCUCAUGUUCGGCGCCAUGUUUGUCUGGUUUUGGUUCCCCAACUACAUCUUCACUGCCUUGUCUAGGUUCAACUGGCUGACCUGGAUUGCCCCCCACAACCGCGACCUCAACGUCAUCACUGGAAUCAACCACGGCCUGGGCGUCAACCCAUUCCCGACCUUUGACUGGAACGUUUUGCUGUGGGACUCGGCCGACCCCCUCAUGGUCCCCUUCUACAGUACGCUCAACCGUUUCUUUGGCGUCUUCAUCUCCUUCUGGGUUGUCCUCGCCUUCUGGUACAGCAAUGUCUACGACACCGGCUACCUCCCCAUCAACAGCAACCGUGUAUAUGAUCACUUUGGCAAGCUCUACAACAUUAGCCGGGCCGUCGACGACCGGGGACUGUUCCACGCCGAAGAGUACAAAGCAUACUCGCCGCCCUUUUUGAGCGCCGGCAACAUUGUCAUUUACAUGUUCUUCUUCGCCAUCUAUACCUCGACCUUGACCUACGCUGUGCUAUACCACCGUCACGAAAUCAUCAUGGGCUUCAAGUCUCUUUUCGCCAGCUUUCGCAAGAAGAAGAACCCGAUCAAAGACGAAAGGGUCCUCGACGUCCACAACCGGCUGAUGAAGGCAUAUCCCGAGGUUCCAGAGUGGUGGUACUUGAUCUGCCUCGUGGUCGCCAUUGCCCUGGGCGUUGCUGGCAUCGCCGGGUGGGACACAAACACAUCUCCUGGAGUUGUGUUUUACGGCCUGGCGCUCUGCAUCAUCUUUGUCAUUCCCGUGGGCAUCAUCAAGGCCAUGACAGGUAUCGAGGUCACCCUCAACGUGCUGGCCGAGUUCAUUGGCGGUUCCUUUGUCGAUGGCAAUGCGCUGGCCAUGAACUACUUCAAAUCCUUUGGCUACGUUACCUGUGCACACGCUGUGUGGUUCUGUAACGAUCUCAAGCUCGCCCAUUACGUCAAGAUCCCGCCUCGCCAGACCUUCAUCGCCCAAAUCAUUGCCACUUUUAUCAGCACCAUUAUCUGCACCGGCGUUCUCAACUUCCAGAUGAAGAGCAUCACCGGCGUCUGCACUCCCGAUGCCCAGUUCAAACUCACCUGCCCAGGUGUCAACACCUUCUUCACCGCUUCUGUCCUGUGGGGAACAGUCGGACCGCAAAAGAUUUUUGGCCAUUCCGGACAGUACACGGAGAUCCUGGUCGGGUUCCCCCUGGGCAUCGUCGUUGUCGUCUUCUUCUGGGGGCUCAACAAGAAGUUCCCCAAGUGGACCUGGACUCGGCAAAUCCACCCAGUGGCCAUCAUGUAUGGCGGCAUCGUCUGGGCACCAUACAACAUGUCGUACGUCUGGCCGUCUGUUCCGAUUGCGUGGAUUUCCUGGGUUUAUCUCAAGACUCGCUUUGUGUCCUUUUGGUCCAAGUACAACUUUGUUCUCUCAGCGGCCUGGUCUUGCGGCAUCGCCAUCUCGGGCAUCAUCAUUUUCUUUGCCUUGCAAUACACCGACGUCAACUUCCACUGGUGGGGCAACAUGGCAUCAGACAUGGGCUGCGAGGGCAAGGCAUGUACGCUGAAGCAUCUUGCGCCAGGGGAGUAUUUCGGGCCGCGCAUGGGCACUUUUGACUGA